CAGCAUAGAAGCAUCCAUUAGCGAGGCUUCGGUCUGCUUGUGGUGUUGAUAGUCGAGUCUCUCCAGCGCGCCCUCCCCGCCGCCGCCGCCGCCGCCAUGUCGCCGCUCGCCCGCUCGCUGCUCGCGUUCGCCGCGCUGCUCGCCGCCGUCGACGCUCAAGGCACUUGCACUACAAAAAUAAUUGGUCGACGAACUGACAAAGAACAACCUCUAGGUCCGGUAUAUAUACCCUACGGGCGUUCGGAAGUCCAAUUCAAUAAUUAUUGCCCCCCACCGAUGCAUAACGUUGGUGAAAGGAUAACCGUCUGCAAUAAAACCCCAGGCUACCCUCCUGCUCCUCCUGUGAUCUACGAUCCGCCUUAUGGCCAGAUCACACCCGUGGACAUCGAAUGUCAAGAUCCCGCCGGAUGCAUUGUGAACUCUGUCGAGUACUGCGACUAUUGACAGACGACCUUUCAUCUCCACCAUUGAAUUAUAUACAUCGCGCGUUACAAUCUCAUUAAUAUGUACAACUUCUGUGAGUUUCCAUUUGUCUAUAAGAAGUUGGCUGAAAGAUCCGUCACAUAGCCAGCAUAUAAUUAGUCUGAAUUAAUAUCGCAACUACUUAUGCAAAAGUGACUCACAGU